AUGAGAUCAGCAACUAUUAUCUCCGCCAUCUUCGUCCUGGGAGCCUGCCUUCUGAGGACCACCGAUGCAGUGACCUGUACCGCCGACCCCACCGUCACAGGAUGCAUCAACUGCACCACCAAUCCCACCGAUGCUGAGUGCGUGGCCGAGGCAGCCGCUGCCACCACCACACCGGCUCCAACCACGACUACCAGCACCACCGAAGCCUCCACCACUACGGCAACGCCCAUCACCACUGGCGGAGGAAACCGGAAGAUCGUGCGCGUGAGCAACCUGCAAUACUCGGUCACUCGUCGCAUCCGCGUGAACAGCACCACACCCCGAUCCUCCAGCCGCAAUGGUAGGACCAGGACCAAUGGCAGACGCUCGACCAACGCGAACCGCAACCAAAAGCGCAGGAACAACAAUGCCAGGCGUGGUAACUCCAGGAACAGGCGCGGAAACGUUCGUGUUGUUGUUGGUUAA